AUGUCAACAAAUGACAGCCUCCCAUCAUGUGAUGUCAGAGGUCAACAAAUGACAGCCUCCCUUCAUCUGAUGUCAGAGGUAAACAAUGGUGGUCAUAUUAACCCACCAUAUGAUGUUACCAGCCCAGCAUGUGAUGUUACCAGCCCAGCAUGUGAUGUUACCAGCCCACCUUGUGAUGUUAUCAGCCCACCUUGUGAUGUUAUCAGCCCACCUUGUGAUGUUAUCAGCCCACCAUGUGAUGUUACCAGCCCAUCAUGUGAUGUUACCAGCCCACCAUGUGAUGUUACCAGCCCACCUUGUGAUGUUAUCAGCCCACCUUGUGAUGUUAUCAGCCCACCAUGUGAUGUUACCAGCCCAUCAUGUGAUGUUAUCAGCCCACCAUGUGAUGUUACCAGCCCAUCAUGUGAUGUUACCAGCCCACCAUGUGAUGUUACCAGCCCACCUUGUGAUGUUAUCAGCCCACCUUGUGAUGUUAUCAGCCCACCUUGUGAUGUUAUCAGCCCACCUUGUGAUGUUAUCAGCCCACCAUGUAAUGUUACCAGCCCACCAUGUGAUGUUACCAGGCCACCUUGUGAUGUUUCCAGCCCACCUUGUGAUGUUACAAGCCCACCUUGUGAUGUUACCAGCCCAACAUGUGAUGUUACCAGCCCACCUUGUGAUGUUACCAGUCCACCUUGUGAUGUUACCAGCCCAUCAUGUGAUGUUACCAGCCCACCUUGUAAUGUUACCAGCACUUGUAAUGUUACCAGCCCACCUUGUAAUGUUACCAGCCCCACCUUGUGA